AAUGUCGGGAGGCCUCACUGAUGUCUUCGAUGCCGCUGCUGCGGUGGAUGCGGCGCCAGGUCGCCGACGAUGUCCAGGGCCGGUGUGCGGAAGAGAUCAGACAGGCCGUUGCCAUGGCACAGGGCGACGUCAAGCCUUUCAGCCGUGCCGGCACGGACCACCUCGCAUAUGUCCUCCCCUAUGGCCGCCUCCCUGCUCUUCCCCACGCCCCUCCUCUUGGUGACAAGUUGUGCUGCUCCUCGACGGCUCGGCCAGCAAGCUCAUCGAAGCCGUCGACAAGGGGAGGUCCUCAGCAUCGCGAGCACCUGCGAGGGGGUGCCGUUCUUCAUGGCAGGGGCAAGCUGCGUGGUGGCUCCUUGGCCGCCGUGGGGCUGCUCCGCGACCCGCGGCCAUGCUGCUAAGAUGGAGUCCGUAUGCGCUGCCGUGCUGCGCUUCGCCGACGUGCCGGUGCGGAUGCUAGCGAGCAGCCGCGAGCUCGACCGAAUCAGGGUCAAUUUCGACGCUGCUGAGAUCUUGCUGCCGGGCGCACCUGUUCGGCGUGUACCUGGCCGGUCCCGCUCCCCUCCUCCACAUCUGCGCAUCUUGUCCCCAUGGUCGCCGCCGCUAUCCGCAUCUUGGCUGCCCCUUGCUGCUGCAUUGCUUAUGUUCCGGUUCUUGUGCAAUAUUUUAACCGAGUUGGGCAUUUUUUCGAUAGAACUAUUUGCCAGAAAUGGCAGGCCACAAUGGACAUGGAAAACAAAAAAGGAGAAGCCAUGUUGAUUGUGUGCCCAGACUGAUUAUAUGUAUAUCCAUUCUCUGUCCAUCCUGUGUGCUCCUUUAUAUUUAAGCUUUGAUAAAUAUUUGC